AUGUCUUUUCGAUAUAGCCCGGGCUUCCUGACAAUUCUUCUUACCGUUGCCAAUAUCCUGAUUCCUCUGGCGAUCGUUACCUUCGCGUCCGGCUUCUUUCCUUACAAGCCAGUUCUCCCAGGUCUGGCCCAGUAUGAAACUCUAGAAUAUGGCCCGCCACCAGCAGCGCCUUUCGACCGUCUCAUCUUUAUGGUAGUCGAUGCAUUGCGAAGCGACUUUGUGUACGUGGACGGCACAGGAUUUACAUAUACUCAAGAACUUAUCCGCGAUGGAGCGGCCUUGCCCUUCACUGCCUAUGCUCGGUCGCCGACCGUCACUAUGCCGAGGAUAAAAGCCAUCACCACUGGCUCAAUCCCUUCUUUCUUGGAUGUCAUUCUGAACCUCGAUGAAGCCGACACGUCCUCGACUUUGGCCGCUCAGGACACUUGGCUUGCCCAGAUGAAAGCUAAGCAAGCCGGAAAACUGGUCAUGUAUGGUGAUGAUACCUGGCUUAAGCUCUUUCCCGGAACCUUCGACCGCGCCGAUGGCACUUCAAGCUUCUUCGUAGCAGACUUUACCGAGGUGGACAAUAACGUCACCAGGCACAUCGACACCGAACUGCAAAAUGACGACUGGAGCACGCUGGUUCUGCAUUACCUUGGUCUCGACCACAUCGGACACAAGUCGGGACCGCGAAGCUCGCACAUGGUCCCCAAACAGCAUGAAAUGGAUGACAUCGUCAAGCGCAUCUACAACGCUAUGGAAACCCAAGGCCACAUGUCCUCGACCUUGAUGGUCCUCUGCGGAGACCACGGAAUGAACGACGCCGGCAACCACGGAGCCUCAUCUCCAGGGGAGACCUCCCCGGCGCUUGUCUUCAUAUCGCCGAAGCUAAAGGCCCUGCAACGCAACUUGUUAGCCCCUGCUGCGUUCAAAGAGGACUUUUCUUACUACACCAUGGUCGAGCAGUCGGAUCUAGCACCUACACUGGGCGCUCUGCUCGGUUUCCCUGUGCCGAAGAACAAUCUGGGCGCAUUCAUUUCUGAUUUCCUGCCCUUUUGGCCGAACAAAAACGACCAGGUCCAGUUGCUCAUUCGCAACGCUCGUCAGAUCCUGAGUAUUGUGACAGCGACCUUCGGUCCAGACAUGUUCGACACCGCGACCACCUCGUCCCAGAAGGCUUGUUCGAGCCCGCAAGACGAUGCCCAAGAGCUAGCUUGCGAAUGGCAUCGCGUCAAUGACGCACUCAAAGACAUGGAUGGCCAGGAAGAACUAGAUCCAGUGUGGCUUGAAGCCAUGUCCAAGGUUUGCAUUCCCUCUUAUUUAAUCCAAAGUGUACUCCUUACUAAUGUCCCACAGUGGCUCAGCAAAGCCCAGGAUCUCAUGAGCAGCAUGGCCAGCAACUACGACAUGGGGAAGUUACAUAUCGGCGAAGCUGUAGCCCUCCUCGGCACCGGCUCUCUCGUCUUUGGUGUUCGGUUCAGCCUCAUCCCACUGCUCGCCAUAACAGUCGCGUACGGUAUCAUGAUGUUCGCGAGCAGCUACGUCGAAGAAGAGCAGCACUUCUGGUACUGGGCCACAUCCGCCUGGCUGGGCUCCCUAGCCAUCAAGAACAUGCAAACCACUCACCCCCCUAUGCGAACCCUCGCCUCGCUUCUGCUCGCAUUGACAGCCACCAGACUGAUCCGGGGAUGGAACCAAACAGGCCAAAAGCACGCGGGCGAGCCCGAUAUAGUCAAGACUUUCAUCGCAGCGAACCCUCCCCUCCUCUGGACUCUUGUCAGCCUAACCUACCUCUUUCUUUUCGCCCAAAUCCUUAGAAAACUCCGCGGCCUGCCUCGCGCCCUCACCGUUACCACAUCCGCCGCCCUUGUCCUCUCUGCCUUCGCCUUCAAGCUCGCCUUUACCAACGAAGACGCCCCGAGCUCGUCACCGGCCUUCCAGCAACUCUCAACGCCCUCACACAGGGCCUAUCCCUUGACCGUCUUUGUCGGCGUCGCCGCCACCGCCGCUUACUCAACCUAUCUCGCCCUUUCCGAUCCGCACGCCGAGGCGAGACACACCUCCCCCUUACUCCACCACCUCACGACCCUCCUCCUCGCAACCCAGUCCCGCGUGACAAACAUCCCGCUCCUCCUUCUCUUCACCUUCCAGCUCCCCUUCCUCGCCUCCCUCGACCUCGACCUGCCCGCGCUAUCCACGACCUCCCUGCUGCUGCAGUACGCCUCCUUCUUCGCCUUUGGCGGCACCAACGCAAUCUCCUCCGUCGACCUCUCGAGCGCCUACAACGGCGUCGCGGGCUUCAACGUCGUCGCCGUCGGGGUCUUGACCUUUGUCAGCAACUGGGCCGGACCGAUCUACUGGGCCUCCGCCACGAACCUGCUGCUGCUCCAAUAUCGCAGCCGUAGGGCCGGUAAUGACGACGGGAAGAACGUGUUCUUGCGGCACGUCGGCCACAUGACUCUCUUCACGGCGUGCAGCAUCGCCUUCAUCAUGGUAGCAUGCGAAGCACUGCGGACUCACUUGUUUGUUUGGACUGUCUUCUCACCAAAGUACCUGUACUGCAUGGCUUGGAGCAUUGGACAGCAUCUCAUCAUGAACAUCGUCGUCGCUGGCCUGUUGUAUCGAUUGGGCUCCGUGUGA